GAUCAGAGAUCGAGAAACAUGAACCUCGCAAGUCUUGUUACCUUACUCCCAUCAUGGGUUAUCGUGGUUGUUAUUGGAAUAGUAACUAUCUAUUUUGUCACUUAUUUAUGGCCAAAGUCCAGAGUUGAUUUAACUGGGAUGUAUGUUUUGAUCACUGGCUGUGACCAGGGCUUCGGUCGUGAAACAGCCAUUCGACUGGACAAGAUGGGAGCGUGUGUGAUUGCGACUUGUUUAACGAAAGAAGGAGAACAGAGUUUGAGAUCAGUUGCGAGUGACAGAUUGAAAACUUUUCAGAUGGAUGUGACAAAUUCUGAGCGGAUAAAAGAUGUGUACAGCGAAGUCAAAAAAGAAAUUUCUACUGCUGGAUUGUGGGGACUGGUGAACAAUGCAGGAAUUGGCACCAUCUGUCCUGUUGAGUGGACACCCAUGGAAGUCUUCAGACGUUCAGCAGAUGUGAACCUGUGGGGUAUGAUUGAUGUUACUAAGACCUUUUUGCCACUGGUAAAGAGGACUUCUGGACGAGUGGUAAACUUAUCAAGCAUGGCAGGACGUUUUUCAGCAAGUUUUUACUGCUCAUAUUCUGUGAGCAAAUAUGGUGUGGAGGCAUUUUCAGAUGCUCUGAGGCGUGAAAUGCUUCCCUGGGGAAUCAAAGUGUGCAUUUUAGAACCAGGAUCAUUUUCAACCAACAUUUGUGCCCCAGAUGUGUUUGAGCAGCAAUUGAGAGAGGGCUGGAACCAACUAAGUGAUGAGCUGAAGGAUGAGUAUGGAGAGGAAUACCUUAAAAGAAGUAUUGAAAUUAUGAGAGAUGGAGUGUAUCGUACGUCAAACAUCAGUCAAGUUGUUGAUGCAAUAGUGGAAGCCCUAACAUCAAGUUCACCAGCUGACCGAUAUUUGGUUGGAAUAGAUGCAAAGUUUCUUCUUGUAUGGUUAGCACGGCUGCCAGCAUAUAUAUCUGACUUCAUUCUCCAUCUUGCUUUUAAUCCACCAAAACAGCAAGCUGCAUCAUCUUAAACAAAAGUAAAACAGAAAAGGUCUACAAGCAUCUUACGCAAGUCGAAGAAGAAUAUGUCUUAAAAAUCAGAAAUGGAAUGACCACAGCUUACUUAUGCUGUAAUUUUGUACGUAUAAACUGUUUCAGAAAUCAGUAUGCUUCUUUGGUCCACACUAUAUUUUGUGGAAGGAAACUACAAACAUGUUAAAAUAGAGGGUCAAGUUAAACUAAAACCUAUGACAAGACAACAAUGUUGGCUUUACCCACACUUAGUAUUAAUCCAGUAGUUAGAAGACUACAAUAAAUAAGUAAACAAGACAGAGCUAUAAAGUGUACUCAGCUGGCAUUACAUGCAACAGUCUAUUUUGUUUUGUUUUGUUUUGUUUUUUUUAACUCGACCAGACGAACUUUGCAUUACACCAAAGUACAGUUGUACCGUUAUUAGGUGGCACUGUAUUAGGCACUCACCCUGUAUUGGUUGUCAAAGUCUUGAAUUUGUUUCCCCUUUAUCACUGUAAUAUUCACUUCUAUUAAGCAGUCACCUCUACUGAGCAAUUGUGGUCACCCUUAAAGUGCUCAUAAUGUCAAAAAACGUUUUCGCUCAUCUAAUUCUACAUUUCACCAAAUGAACUUCGGUGAAAAAUUUUUUCGAUUUGGAUGAAAUGUGAUUUUUUUACAAAUUUUUACAAAGCUCAAAAUUCUAUUUUCGUGCGAUUGACCCCUGCCGCUGAUCACAAGAGUAAUGUGCUCAAAAUAACCACGUGACUGAUGUCUGUGAAGUAGGUUCAGGAACCUCACUUGACCUUAAAGUGCAUAUAAAUACACUGGUCGAGUGCGGGUUGUUUACGAUAUUGUGAGCUUACGAUAUUGUGACCACUCUGAAGCAAAUUCCCACUUGUUUUCAAGUCAGAUAAGUCACAACCCAAAAUCACGUGUUCCUGAACCUACAUCACGACUCACUUUAAACCAAGGAAGACUGGUGUGAAUGGUGGACCAAAAUGGCGGCAAAUUUGAAUGUCUUUAAAAAAUUAUUAAAAAAAUUGCGUUUUAUCCAAAUCGAAAAUUUUU